AUGGCGGAUGUUGAGGAUCUUCUUCGUACUGCAUCGGCUCCUGCUCCUCCAGCGAUGGUUGAUUCCGCUGGUGAUCCGUUGUCCCCUACCCUCGAUGGUAAUUCUGGGGAUGACUCUGACAAGGAAGACUCCGCUGAUGAUCCUGCUGAGGGUAAUCAAGGGUUUGUGGGGUCUUCAUUACUAACUGAAGACGCCUUAAGGCGUAUGUGGAAGAAAUGCGGCUUUUCUCAAGAGAUCGAAGCUCAGGUUCUGCUGGAAAAGGAGAGACCAUGGUCAGCGCCUCCGGGUUGGGUGUGUUUGUAUAGUUUAUAUUUUCUUCAAUCGCGGUUGUGGUUUCCUCUUCCUCGUUUGCUGACUUCGUACGCUGUGAAGCGUGAUGUGGCUAUCUCUCAAAUGUCUCCGGCUGAUAUUCGUAAUAUGGUGAUUGCCUUGGUUCUUGGUGCGGAAGUUGAUGUCGAUGUUGACGUCGAGUUCUUCAAGAUGAUUUCCCAGAUGAACUUUAUUACGGAUGAGACGUUUUCUGUUAGUAUCAAGGCCCGCUGUCGCCUUAUGGAUGGUCGGGGACCGUCUAAAGUCGAUGGCUGGCAGCGGAAGUAUUUCUUUAUACAUAUUAGUCCUGCUUCCGUGCUUAAUUCUUCUGCGGUCUUUAGGACCGAGUGGAAUCCUCAGCCUGUGGCACACGGGAAGCAUUGGCCUCUUCCAUCAUGGGGGAACAAUCGUUUACAACGGGUUCUUGGCUCUGGGAGGAUUUCUUGGGGUGAUUUCAGCGUCGAGCGGUUUCCCGGGGAGCUGGUCCUGGUCCUUCCACAGCUGCUGGGCCUUCGAAGAGGAAGAGAGACGCUUCGCCCGGUAGGAGGAUGGGAAAGGUUAAGAGGGAUAUUCCUGUGUACUCCGGCCGCUGUCAUCAAGGGGCCGGCUUCCGGUCUUUCUCUGGUGAACCCAAAAGGGGGCACGUCUUCUUUUCCUUCGAUUCCAACCCCGAUUGUCACCAUCUCUGCCGCUCCUUUUGUUGAUCCUUCUACCUCCGUUGUUCAUCCAUCGCCUGACAAAGCGAUGGGUGAUCGCGAGCUAGUACCGGUGGUCGAUUCUUCUCAUCUCGGUGUUCCGGCGUCGUCUUUACUUGCAGCUUCCUCUUGUCCUGAUGUCUUAGCUUCAGAAGAGGGUUCGUCAAAGUUUGAAGCCGAGAAUCGGGACCUGAGAGUCGAGGUUGAAUGCCUUAAAGGUGAUGCCGCUGAGCGGGAUCGCCAUGAGAAGGGGUUGUUAUCCCAGAAGUCAGCUUUGGAGGUGGAGGUCGCGCGUCUGAACGAAUCCCGUACAGAGCUGAUAGAAUCGGAGAGACGUCGCGUUGAAUCGGUUAUGUCUGCUCGCUUCGGCGAUUUUGUGAAGAAGGUGAGGAAGUACUUGUCUGAUCGGGAUGUUGUUCUUCCUCAGGUUUUGGACGAGACUCAACUAUUGGAUGUCAUCAGUUGCCUUAAGUUGUUUAUCGAAGAGGGAAUUCCUAUUCCCGCAGAGAAGCUGGCUGAGAAUGAGCAAGCCUUGUUGGUACAGUCGGCUGCCUUGGAUCAGAUGGACGUGCUUGACUUGGAGCUGACUGACCUUCCGUCCUUUUCUUUGGAUGAAGACUUGACGGUCGACUGA